UUUGAGGGAUAGCUAUUUCUCCAAUUUUUUUCUUUUCUCUCUUUUUCUUCCCAACCAAACACCCUAAAUACAAUCCUUCCCUUUCUUUCUCUCCAAAUCCCCCUAAAUCCCUCAAUCCAAACAGCCUAAAACUCGUCCACAUUCAUUCCCCCACGAAUCUACUGAUCUUCGUUUAAGCUACGCAUAUCUCUCUCUAAUCUCUCUAUAUAUUCACAGCCACUCGCACAUACAUUGUAUAUGUGUUUGUAAGGUGUUGCAAUAAUUUCAUGGAAGUUUCAGCGAUUCACUCAUCUUGUGGUCGAUCUACGUACCUAUACUGCGAAUUUGACUGUUUUAGACGUUGUUCUUGUUGUUGUCUGCUUUGAAUUUUGCUCUUAUUGUGUUAGGGUUUUCUUGUUUUUUGAUCAAUUCGAUUUUCGAAGCUAUGGAUAUGACGCAUUCGCAAUCGAAUCUCUCUCUAGGGUUUCUGUCUCACACAUCGACGCCUCACCGAACGAAAAUCGCUGAUGAUUCGAUUACGUUUCAGAUUGACUCGGGUUUCCGUGAUCUGUCGCACCCGGUUCCGAUUCCCCUCCAAUUGAUGGAGCAACAGACGGAAAAUGAUAAGGAUGAGAACCAGAAUCAGGAGAGAGAGAGUGGUGGUGAGGAGAGAGAAGUCGAGGAAUUCAGGAUUUUGGGCCACUCAAUGUGUUUGAAGAGGAAAAGGGAAUGUGAGUCUUCGUCUUUGAAACGCAUUUCGGUUGAUCAACAUAGCCUGGAAUCGCGGCGAAAUGCCGUACGUGCUUGGGGCAAUCAAUCACUCCGUGUUGCAGAUCCUGAUGUGUUUGAGAUUAUGGAGAAGGAGAAGAAGAGGCAAUUCAAAGGAAUUGAAUUGAUAGCGUCAGAGAAUUUCGUGUGCCAAGCUGUUAUGGAAGCUCUGGGGAGCCAUUUGACGAAUAAAUACUCAGAAGGAAUGCCGGGUUCAAGGUAUUACGUUGGUAAUCAGUACAUAGAUGAGAUAGAAAUACUGUGUUGCAAGCGUGCUUUGGUUGCUUUCAAUCUUGAUCCAGAGAAUUGGGGUGUGAAUGUUCAACCGUAUUCUUGUACUUCUGCAAAUUUUGCAGUCUAUACGGGGCUACUGUUGCCUGGUGAUAGAAUAAUGGGAUUGGAUACACCUUGCGGAGGAAACACUAGUCAUGGAUACUAUACACCAAAUGGGAGGAAAGUUUCUGGGGCUUCUAUUUUUUUUGAAAGCCUCCCCUACAAGGUGAACCCGCAAACGGGGUAUAUAGAUUUUGACAAGCUCGAGGAGAGGGCACUUGAUUUUCGGCCCAAGAUACUUAUUUGUGGUGGUAGUUCAUACCCUCGGGAGUGGGAUUAUGCAAGUUUUAGACAGAUUGCUGAUAAGUGUGGAGCGGUUUUGAUGUGUGAUAUGGCUCAAAUUAGUGGUCUUAUUGCAGCUGAGGAGUCUGCAAGUCCCUUUGAAUACUGUGACAUUGUUACCUCAACAACUCACAAAAGUCUUCGAGGUCCUAGGGGUGGCAUUAUUUUUUUCAGGAAAGGUUCAAAGCCAAGGAAGAGAGGGAUGCCCUUGAGUCAUGGUGACAGUGACAAAUAUGAUUUUGAGGAAAAGAUAAACUUUGCUGUUUUUCCAGCACUACAAGGUGGACCACAUAAUAAUCACAUUGCCGCCCUUGCAACAGCCUUAAAACAAGUUGCCACUCCUGAAUACAAGUCAUAUAUGCAGCAAGUGAAGAAAAACGCCCAGGCUCUAGCAUCCGCUUUGCUCAGAAGAAAUUGCAGACUCGUAACAGGAGGCACCGAUAAUCAUUUGUUACUUUGGGAUUUAAGGAAUCUUGGACUAACAGGUAAGAAUUUUGAGAAGGUCUGUGAGGCAUGUCACAUUACAAUUAAUAAAAUUGCUAUAAUUGGUGAUAAUGGCACUAUUACACCGGGAGGUGGUAUAAGGAUUGGUACACCUGCCAUGACCUCGAGAGGUUGUCUGGAGGCUGAUUUCGAGACAAUGGCCGACUUUCUCCUCAGAGCUGCCCAGAUUGCGAGUUCAUUGCCGAGAGAGCAUGGGAAAUUGCAGAAGGCUUUCCUGAAGGGUCUUCAGAACAACAAAGAUAUUGUUGAGCUUCGUAGCCGAGUUGAAAAUUUUGCCACUCAGUUUGCAAUGCCCGGAUUUGACGUGUAAAUGCCAUUUUUGGCGGUAAACUUGUGGGCGAAUGUCUUUCUGCAUCCGAGGACGGAUCUCUGCUCCACAGGAUAAAGAAAUGCAAAAGUCUGAGUUCAAUUCUUUCCUCUGCACUGGUUUGGCUUCUCUAUGAUUGUUUUUGCUACCCUUUGUGAUCAGCCAACCUUUAGCAAAUCACAGCAAGCCACAUCAAAAUACUCGUCCUCACUCCAUGAUAAAGUGGUACUAUUUUGGUAACGCCAUCCGUUCUGCUGGUUUUGUAAACGAUGAUUGCUCUUGUGCCGGAUUUCACAUGCCGUGAUUGGAGAAAGGGUGAGGAUUACAGUGGGAUGUGAAUACGAUUCUGGAGUGGCUCUAUUGAUCCACACAAAUUAAAUUUUUUUUGGAGAGCUUGGUAAAUAUAGUAAACCUUGAUAUUGGGGGAAAAUGUGAAAGCCAAAUCCUCUACUAGCAUAUGAUACAUUUGAGUUCAAAGUUGGGUCAAUAAUCUUCUUUGUUCACAGUUGCUCAUGUUUUACAAUAACUGCUAAAUUAUAUAUUGAUAUAAAACAGAGAUCAUUUUGUUCUUCA